UAAAUCGACCGCGCGAAUCCAAACUCUUUUUCUGCAAAAUUCCAAUUUCACAUUCAAAAUCAGAAAAUGAACCUUAUCAAGUGCAUAUUCGUCUCUAUACUAGGGUUUAUUCUUUGCGUGAACACUGGUGUUUCCGGCGAAUCGCCGACGUGCUUAACGGUUUACAGAGAAGGCGGUGCGCCGGCGGUGUUCCAAUCCCCUAAAUGCCCUCGCUGGAAGCUUUCAAAUUACAACUCUGACAUCAAACAGCAGCCCCAAUCACCGACCACCACUUGUCAAUUGGCGAUGCACCAAGGGCGCCGUAAGUCUCAGGAGGAUCGCGUCCUAUGCGCUCUCGACAUCCGUAUUCCUUUUCCCGGUGCUGAUGGUAUAAAGGAGGUGACAGUUGGAAUUAUGGCGGUUUUUGAUGGGCAUAAUGGAGCUGAAGCUAGUGAAACGGCUUCGAAAUUGUUGUUAGAGUAUUUUAUUUUGCAUACUUAUUUCUUGCUCGAUACAACGUAUUCCAUUUUAUCAAGGAAAUGGAUGGGCAAGCUGCCAACUACAGGAGACGAGGGCCUUGUUUUUCAAAAGCCAAAGCUGGAUGAGGAGCUAGAUCUUGGAAGGUUCAAGGUGACAUUAUCGGAAAUUUUAGAUGGACUUUUUCCCUUUGAAAUAUUGAGAGAAGCAUUGCUUAGGGCAAUCCAUGAUAUUGAUGCAGCAUUUUCUAAGGAUGCAUCUACGAACAAUGUCAAAUCAGGCACCACAGCUGCAGUCAUACUUGUGGCAGAUAGUCAAAUUCUAGUUGCUAAUAUUGGAGACUCCAAAGCAUUUUUGUGCUCUGAAGUGUAUCAGUCUCCUUCUGAGGCUAAAGCAACUUUAUUACGGAUUUUCAGACAGAGAAGCAACGAUGUUGCUCCUUCACCUAUAAAAAAGUACCAUAGCUUAAAAUCAGCUGCCUCCAAAGGGUGGAUUUUUUUGAUGGCUAAGGAACUGACAAGAGAUCACCAUCCAGACAGAGAUGAUGAAAGGUCCCGAGUUGAAUCUUUUGGAGGACACAUCUCUAACUGGGGUGGUGUAGCUCGAGUUAAUGGACAGUUGGCUGUUUCCAGAGCAAUUGGCGAUAUUCAUUUUAAAAGUUAUGGUGUAAUAUCAGUACCUGAGGUGACAGAUUGGCAACCUUUGUCAGUCAACGAAAGCUAUUUGAUUGCUGCAUCUGACGGUGUUUUUGACAAGCUAAGCCCACAGGACGUUUGUGAUAUUUUGUGGGAACCACAUUCUGAUGUCAACGUGAUGUCAGAAUCCUCUUCUUCUUGCUCAUACUCAUUAGCUGAUUGCAUAUUAAAUACUGCAUUUGAGAAAGGAAGUAUGGAUAACUUGGCGGCUACAAUUCUUCCAUUGAGAUCACUGGUUCCUUUUCAAAUUCUGUUGAAGGACAGGAGUGAUAGAGAGGAUAAAUUUGAUUACUCAUCUCCCGGAUAUCAGAGACUGACAGAUGAUGAUUUAGGUAAUGACAACACUUCAGCACUCAUAGGAUUGGAUCACUCUCAUCCGGUCAUUGCCAAGUUUGACAGAUUAUUGGUUGAAGGAAAACACAGCGACUUGGGAUGUUAUUAUCUAUCUGAGAACCUAGAUGUGAAUGAUGAUUACACAUUUUGGGUUCAAAAAGAUGACGAAGAAUCUAUUUAUGACCUACCUCACGCUUUACCUGGUGGUGAUUUCUUUUGUGAUGAUGGGCCUUUGAAUUUGUAUAACGAUCAACUUAUGCAUGUGCAUUAUGGAAUAUCUGCUGAUGGGGAUAAGGAUCAAUGCAUAAACUCCAAAAAUUUUGCCAGAUUUCUCGGUUUUCUGGAAUCAAUUCCUUUCCAUCAUACUGGUCUAAAUGAUCAUGGAACACCAGACUCAAGGUACAUACUAAAGAAGCGAUUUGACCAUGGAUCGUAUGGAGAAGUUUGGCUUGCUUUUCAUUGGAAUUGUUCUCAUCUUGACAAGGCUUCAGAAAGAAGGCAUAAGGAAAAAGAUCUUCCUCCUAGAACUAAACAUUUGGGGGCAUAUGAUGAAAAUCUCCACAGAAGUUCAUUUUCUGACUAUUGCAAUGCUAGUCUUUCUGAUAACAUGUACAUUUUGAAACGUAUAAUGGUGGAGAGGGGAGUUGCUGUUUACUUGAGUGGGCUAAGGGAGAAGUAUUUUGGGGAAAUUUUCUUAAAUGCUUCUACUUCUAUAAGCGGUUCGCUAUCAGUAGAAGUGUCAGAUUUUUCCUGGAAAAAAAGGCGAUCAGAAGUAUAUGGCUUCAUGCAAACAAAUAAAUCAGUUGAGGAAGAAACUGAGGACCCUUUCAGUCUUGAGGAUAUGCUUUUUAAGAAAAGAAGGAAGAUUGGAGCUGCUUUUGAAGAAGGGCUGAAUCAUAUUGCGAGAUAUAUUGAAUCGUUUGAGUCACGAUCUAAUGAAAUAUGGCUCGUCUUUUGUCAUGAAGGCGUGUCAUUGUCAAAACUUCUUUAUACAGCUGAAGAAUUGGUUCUUGAUGCUGACAAGGAAAGGGAUGAACACAGGAAGCGUGUCCAGCUACUGCAUCCUUCAAAAUGGUGGCAUUGGUUGAAGCAAACAGAAGCAGGGCAAGAGGAAAUGCGUAACAUUAUAUGGCAAUUGGUAUGCAUUGCACAAAAAAGCAUCACAAAAUACUUGUUACUUCAUUCUCAGUUAAUGGCACUCAAGUCCUGCCAUGAUCGGAAUAUCACUCAUAGAGAUAUCAAACCUGAAAACAUGAUCAUCUGCUUCAAAGAUGAAGAAUCAGGGAGAUGCUUGAGAGAGAGCCCAUUUGGAGAUAAGAACUACACUACUAGAAUGCGCAUUAUAGACUUUGGCAGUGCAAUGGAUGAGUUCACAGUGAAGCACUUAUACGGCUCCGUUGGACCUUCUCGAGCUGAACAAACAUCCGAAUAUGCUCCUCCAGAAGCUUUUCUAAAUGUUAGUUGGUAUCGGGCACCAUCAAGGGUAACUACCAAGUAUGAUAUGUGGAGUGUUGGUGUUGUGAUCUUGGAGUUGAUCUUAGGAUCGCCUAAUGCAUUUCAAAUAAAUGCUAAAACGAGAGCUCUUCUAGAUCAUCACCUUGAGGGUUGGAACGAAAGCUUGAAGGAGCUUGCCUACAAACUUAGGGCUUUUAUGGAGAUGUGCAUUUUGAUUACUGGGAGUUCCUCAAAGCUUCACCAAAAUUGGGGCUCAAAUGGCCAUGGUUCCAUUUCACCAGUUCCCUGGAAGUGCUCUGAAGAAUUCUUUUCUUAUUACAUAAAGAGUAGAGAUCCUCUUAAAAUUGGGUUUCCAAAUAUAUGGGCUUUGAGGUUAGUACGGGACUUGCUACGUUGGAAUCCAGAGGACCGUCUUACAGUUGAUGAUGCAUUACGACAUCCUUACUUUUCAUCGCCUUCUGGAGAAUGAGAUCACGUAAAAUCUUCGACAGUAGUCUUUCAGUUUGUAGUUACUUGUACAGAAAAGUUUAUAAUUGUCUAUAGAAUUUUGUCUUAGGAGCUAUGGGCAAGCAAUUGAACAAAUACAAUUUAACAAAUGACAUCUGAAUGUUCGUUGUCA